CAAGGACUUGUCACGUGAUGCUAGAAAGUAGGUCGUUGUCUGUUAUUCGAGUUUCCGUGCUGUGGUGUCUGUCAUAAUUGUUAAUUUUUAACUGGCAUUUUUUUCUCGAGUAAAAUAUGGACAUUUUGCGAAACUUAGAGGAGAAGAUUCUCUGUCCCUACAAUUCCGCUCACUACAUUCGAAAAAUGAGAAUGGAGGCACACUUGAUAAAAUGUAGAAAAUCAUACGAGCAAGAAAGCAGGGUAUUAGUGGCGUGUGAUUUCAAUACGUGCCACCUCAUCCCGCAACCCGAACUGCAAUAUCACCAUGAUACCUGUCCUGAUCGUAAAAAAGUUGAGUUUAGCAUCAUAACAGAAGCUACAGCUCCUAUUAUGCCUGUACAAUCCAGUAGUGUACCAGUUGACGACUCGUGGGAUGAUUGUGAUCUUCCCUCGUAUAAUCCGGCUGAGUAUUGCGAAAAGAACAAUAUUUUGCGUAGAGUAGACGCUCAAUCUGCCGCAAAGAGGAAAGAUUUUAGGUUGACAGAAAGGCAAAGAUUGGAAAGGAUUCUUAGCCAACAAAAUACUUCUGAUGCAAAUGUGAAGGUAUCUACCUCAUCGCAGCCUAAAAAAGAGGUACUCCCGCCAAUACCAAAUUUUUCUACAACUGUGGAGCCAGUCCCAGAUAAUAUCAGCAAGAUGCUGAGUGCUAUAAAAAUUGUUCCCAGUCAUGCCAAAAUUGCCAAGAAAUAAAGAAACAGCCCCGAGACAUCAUUUUUCAAGAAAAAUGUUAAUGUUUGUUUUAAUUAAGUUUCAAUAAAUGUUUUGCUAUAUU